CCGGAGCGGAGUGACACAUCUUUAUUUUAGCUGUGGAACCGGAGCGGAGUGACACAUCUUUAUUUUAGCUGUGGAACCGGAGCGGAGUGACACAUCUUUAUUUUAGCUGUGGAACCGGAGCGGAGUGAGACAUCUUCUCAGGUGUGUUGUAAUGAAAUAUCUCUGCGCCUGCGCAGUCGCGCCCCCGGAAACUGAACUGUAACCGCGCGCGGGAUUCAACCUUAGAAGCAGUCGGUCAGUUUCUGUCCGCGCGCUGAACGAGGAAACAAACAAACAAACAAACAAACAAACAAACAAACGGGAUAAAACAGAUUGUUGUAAACAUGGCGACCCCUCCGAAGAGAGCGCUCCGUGUUCCCGCCACUCAGACCCGCACAGAGAAGAAGAUCUCCAUCGAGGGAAACAUCGCUGCAGGUAAGUCUACGUUCGUGCGCCUCCUCCAGGGGGCGUCGGAGGACUGGGAGGUGAUUCCUGAACCAAUCGGGAAAUGGUGCAACGUUCAGAACGACAGCGACAACAUUUACCAGGAACUGAGCUCCUCUCAGAAGAGUGGAGGAAACCUGCUCCAGAUGUUGUAUGAUAAACCGAGCCGCUGGUCCUACACCUUCCAGAGCUAUGCGUGUCUCAGCAGAGUUCGUUCUCAGCUUCAGUCUCCAUCAGCCAAACUCCGGCAGGCCGAAAACCCUGUUCAGUUCUACGAGCGCUCCGUCUACUCAGACAGGUACGUGUUUGCGUCCAACCUGUUUGAGAGCGGGAACCUGACAGAAACAGAGUGGAGUGUUUAUGAGGACUGGCACACCUGGUUACUGAACCAGUUCCACCCCGACAUCAACCUGGACGCCAUCAUCUACCUGAGAGCUCAGCCACAGCGCUGUAUGCAGCGUUUGCUCCAUCGGGGCAGGGAGGAGGAGCAGGGCAUCCCUCUGGAGUAUCUGGAGCAGCUUCACUUUAAACAUGAAUCCUGGCUCUUCCACAGGAACCUCAGGUUGGACUUUGAGUACCUGAACAAUGUUCCUGUUCUCAUUCUGAACGUUGACGACGACUUCAAGAACGACCGGAUCAAACAGGAAGUCCUCAUCGACAAGGUCAGAGACUUUCUCACCACGCUGUAGAUCUCAUCCACCAAUCACAGCUCAGGAAACGGACUCGUCUGAUUGGACCACUCGUUACACUCUGUAAAUGUUUCAUUGAGUGUUUUUAACUCGUCAGCGACGUUUUAAUGCAGAGAAUCACUUUAUCUGCAGUUUGUAUAUUUCUACGUGUGUGUGAGUGUGUGUGUGUGUGUGUGAGUGAGUGUGUGUGUGAGAGAGAGAGUUUGUGAGUGAGUGAGUGAGUGAGUGAGUGUGUGUGAUGUAUUUACUCAAAUUACUUUGAUAUUUAUGCUUCAGUGUUUAUCACCUUCUCAGAGGUCAAAUCACAGUUCCUGUUUGUCCUGACUGUCAUUGAACAUAUCACGGUGCCUUCAAGGACAGAUGUUUUUCUGUGAAUCAGUUUGAAUAAAGAACUUAACUCAACUUUAUUCAUACCGCACUUUUCAUACAAACAUGCAGCUCAAAGUGCUUCACAAAACAACAACAAUAAAUAAAAUGUUAAUAAAUAA